AUGUCGCACCGAAAAAUUUCACAGAACGGUACUAAAUAUGAAUUUCGAGUCUUUGUAGCGGUGAUUUUGAACCAAACAGAUAGCCAAUACAGAAAUAUGCUUAGAAGUGGAUUGAUGAACGGACGAUUUGCUGUUGAGCAUUUGUUCAAGCGUUCUGGCGGGCGUUUGGGGAUCCGUGAGUACUCAAGCGAGUCAGGAAAAGAGUCGAUGUUUUUGACCGAUCUCUUGAGCAGGAUCGACAAGAUCAGUUCGACGACCAAGAAGAUAGCGGAAAAACAAGGUUCAGGGGCUGCAGGAGGUUUGAACAAGCCAAGGGGAAGUCAAGGAGCAGCCCAGGGGGCUGCCCGUAAGGCUAGAGGACCAGCAGAUAAGACGGUAAAGGCCAGAACCGAAAAAGUGCAAGUGACCGACCACCCGUUAUUCAACGCCAAGAUUGAAACUAGAGGGCCAAAUAGACAAGGAAGUGGUUAUAAGGGCCCUAGAUCUCCUAGAGCAGGUGGUGCAGGAGGUGCAUCAGCCACAAGUAGUGCUGGAAGUGCCAGACCAGCGAAGAGGACGACGAGACCAAGAGAACCUAGAAGACAAAAGGCCAUUGACGUGCAACCGAUCAAAUCGAAGAACAUCACAUACGGACCAUACAAACCGCAAAUGGACAGCAACACGUUUUUGUACGGGAAGGUUACCAGUUUCAACAAUUGUACCACUGCAAGAGUGGCAUCUGUUGCCAAAGAAGCAUUACUCGACUCAAAAUACCCGUACAUGCUUCCAAAAGAUAUAGUCAACAACUUGGCCCCAGGGGUUACCAGAAACCGUUUCCUUUUGCAAUCAAACUUCACACUUGACGUCAACACUGAAAAAUUAUCCACCAGAAUCAAGGAAGUUGUCAAAGGUGAGGUAGCCGACUUUCCAGUAGACAAGUCGCAGUUCAAAGAUCCGGAAGCAUUGAAGUCUGCCCUCUUCACAAAACUGCAAUUGAUGAAGAAUGGAGACUUGUCGCUCGCCGAUAAGCAAAAAAUAUUCGACGUAGCCAGUGGCUUGAAGACCCCAAAACAGUUGGUCGAAAAUGCCCACUGGGCAAAGGCCGAAUGA